UUCGGAAAAAAUUAUUUCUGUUACCCAUAACAUGGACUUCUUCAGAGCCCACAUUUCGCUCUACUCCGCCACAUUAUCGCCCUUUAAGGACAGUCUAAGAAACACGGUCGUAUUUAUGAACAUACUGGACUUGUUUCUCCGCAUGAAGGAUUUCGUGCUGGACGGUGUGCACUCAUCGGUGGUGUGUAAUCCGGAGAUGCUGCUCGGAUCGCUCAUACUUACAAUGUUGAAGCUGCGGCUAGCAAUCCUCAGCGGGGACAAUGUGAUGUUGGGAGUCUACCUCGUUAACACCAUCUUCCACAUGGCUCAUAUUGCUUUUGUCUUCAAAUUUGUGCCCUUAAGACUGAAAAACGCUCUUAGAGGAAAGUGCUUUGUUACUGGAGCAGCAAUCGGGGGGCUUAUGUGGUACUCGUUUCAGGAUGAUUCGAGGAUGCUUGAAGCUCAUAUGGGCUACAUUCUGCUGGCAACCAUCAUUAUAAACCAUGCGAUGCGGACUCUUCAAAAGUGGAACACACAGCCACAGGCUACCCCCAUCUGGACGCUCUCGCUGCUGAUGCCUAUUACCUGGAUAGCCUAUGGUAUCGCAGAAACCAACAUACUUAUUGUAAGCCAAAAUGCACUGAUCCUCGCCAUUAAACUGAUGGAUCGAUACCGGUAUCGUCCCCACUUGUCAUUGCGAUACGCCUUAACCUUUCGCGAUUGGCGGGCUGCUCAUGUUUCUCGAGUAUAUCUUUCUCCCAGUGGCUCUGGUACAGCCCAUUCCCUCCGCCGAUCCUCUAGCUCUCAUAACCAAUCCUACGAUGAUGCAGCGAUAGGACGGACAGGAGAGCCAUCGAUACAAGAACCGAUACCCCAAUCGAUAGCAAGGCGAAUCGAUUUGGCCGAGGCAAUGAGUGGCGAAAGCGAGAAUGGAACACAGCUGAGACGCGAUCUGAACGAACUGUUUGAGUGGUUCCAAGGAAAUGAUAAGCUACCGCAAGAGAUUGAGCCCCUGCUGCUGCGGCGCUUCUACCAGUGCAUGUACGGAGACCUUGAGGAGACCAAGAAGCUCAUCGAGGUGAAUUACUCCCUGCGCAACCGUCAUCCCCAUCUGUUCAUCAAGCGGGAUCCACUGGACGAUGACAGCCAGCGAACCUUCGAUUAUGCAGACAUACUGCCGCUCCCAGGCCUCACGCCGGAUAACUACAAGGUGUCGCUGUACUGCUUUCGGGAGUUUGAGGCCACAAAGAUGCAUCACACGGAAGACACGCGCGCCUUCUUCAUGGUUGCCGACUGUCGCUUCAUCACUCCGGACGAUCCAGCCCGGCCGGGCACCCUAUCCGAAGGCGAGGUACAGAUCUUUGACAUGAAGGGGACCACCAUGCGCCACAUAUCGCGCCUAACCAUCAGCACGCUACGUGCAUACAUUAAGUUCCUUCAGCUGGCAUUUCCCGUGCGUCUCCGGGCUAUUCACAUGGUCAACUGUCCAUCGUAUCUCGACAGAAUCGUGAGCGUAGUGAAGCCUUUCAUCAGCGACGAGGUUUUCAAGCUGAUACGUUUUCAUACAGUCAGCAUGGAAUCGCUCUACGCCUUUGUACCACGCGAAAUGCUUCCGGAGGAGUACGGUGGCUCGGCCGGAUCGCUGGACACGCUGCGAGCGCACACAAAGAAGACCUUGGUCGAGCAUCGCGAUUAUCUAAUGAACCCUAACCACUGGCUGGUGGAGAAGUCUGAGAAGCGUAACGGCGGUCAUUCAUGGAGAAUUUUUAGAUGAGUUCAAAAUUUGAGUCUCAAUUUUUUUUUCUCUUUCAAACAUUUUUGUUAGUUUCUAUAUCAACGUUUAUUUCCGUAUUUUGUUUCCUCCAAACGGCUUUAGUUCAGCCACCAGUUUAGGGGAACCAGUGAAAUGGUUCGCGGAAGCAUACCGUGGGAAUUUUUUCAAUGUCCGGUCGCGACCACAUCCAAAAUAAACAGUUGUUCAAGAACGUUUUUUAAGAACGGAAAUUUGAGUUCUUUUAAUUAAAUUGUUUUGCUUAAUCUACUUUAAUGAAUAAUGCUAUAUUUUUUUUUUAAUUUAUGCCAAAUUGAAAAGAGAUUUGAUGAUAAUUCAAA